AUGAGAAGGCCUCUUUUCGAGCGUAUUGUACAUGCAUUAGGAGAGUGGUCUCCUGAGUUCACACAAAGGAAAGAUGCUCUUGACCGCGAUGGACUCUCUCCGUUGCAGAAAUGCACAGCGGCUAUUCGCCAAUUGGCGUAUGGUACCCCGGCGGACGCUCUCGAUGAGUAUCUUAAGAUUGCCGAGAGCACUUCAGUUAAGUGCUUAAAACUGUUUGUCGAAGGCGUGAUUCAUAUAUUUGGUGAUGAGUAUAUGCGAAGACCCAAUGUCGACGAUGUGCAGCGAUUACUUGAUAUUGGAGAGAGUCGUGGGUUUCCCGGCAUGUUAGGAAGCCUCGAUUGUAUGCACUGGCAUUGGGAGAAAUGUCCCACGGAGUGGAAGGGGCAUUUCACUAGCGGGUAUAAAGGAGCCCCUACUGUUAUUCUAGAGGCGGUUGCAUCUCAAAAUCUUUGGAUAUGGCAUGCCUUUUUUGGUGUUGCCGGAUCCAACAAUGACAUCAACGUGCUUAACCAAUCAAUGCUGUUCACUGAGCAACUGAAAGGGCAAGCUCCUCGAGUGAACUAUACUGUCAACGAGAAGGAAUAUCAACUUGGUUACUACCUUGUAGAUGGAAUAUACCCCGAGUGGGCAGCAUUCAUGAAGUCAAUACCCAUGACUCUAACAGAAAAACACAAGUUGUUUGCGAAACAUCAGGAAGGAGCAAGGAAGGACGUGGAGCGUGCAUUUGGUGUGUUGCAGGCGCGAUGGUCUAUUUUACGUCUUCCGGCACGUUUAUAUGACCGGGGCGAUCUCAAUAAUAUUAUGUUGGCGUGCAUCAUUUUGCACAACAUGAUAGUCGAUGAUGAACAAGAAGAGGCUGGAAAUAUUCUUGAUUUAAAUUAUGAAGCGGGCUCAUCAAUUGUCCUUCCUUCGGUAUUUACGCACGGUAACAUACCAGAAUUUGCCGAGGUACUUGAAAGAGAUGCUAGAGUCCGCGAUCGUCCGAUGCAUAAGGCUCUUAAAAAUGAUCUGAUUGAGCAUAUAUGGAGAAAGUUUGGGCGAGAAUAG